GAUCACCCAGGUGACACUAGAGCUUGUCGCGAGCGUGUCAAUCGCUCGACCUUACCGCACAAGAUGGCGAUGGUGCCAUACGACCGCGACACAUUUUCACGCAUGUACGAGAUGAAUCUCACAGGGACGUCAGACGAUGGAUGGGCAAGUGACCACAACAACGGUCCAACGGUUUCAGAUCGUCUUCAAACACUGCUGCAAAGUGCUCGCGAGGCCAACAUUACUGCGAAACAGCAGCCGCCAGAAGACUUUUUAGCACGUCUACGCCAGGAGCAGGAGAAUACAACUGCAGCACACGAGAAGGACAUCAAGCUCGCUUUGACUCAAUUGAUCAGCACCAUACGCUUGAACGCUCUGGAAAAUCGCAUCGGCUUCCAAAGUGAGGCAGCACUCGUAUCGCAAGCAACCCAAACCUACGGCGAGUCCCCGUACUUUCAGGUAUUACUUGCCAAAGCAACCAACGAGGCAUACCAGCGCGGUUUUGAAGCUGGCACAGAGGAAGGGAUCAGAAUAGGAGCCGAACAAGGCAGAAUGACGGGGAUGUCAGAUGGUCUGGCCGCUGGAAGGAGGCUAGGUCGAGCCGAGAGUCUGAAGCAAGGGAGGAAGGUGGACCUCCAGCGCGUGAUCGAGAUCGGGAAGCAGAACGGAGUGGAUGAGGGCGUCCCUGAAGAAACUAAAGGGAGAACUAGCGAGAUGAUACAGCAGGACGAAGAUAUCAUUGCGACUUUUGGUCCGACAAAGAAGCCGGUUGCGGUCAAAGUGCCUCUUGUUUCUCCUGAAUCACUACCGAACCCCGAUACGAAGGAGAAGAUGAAGCCAGCUAUUGACCCAUUCCAGUCUCUACUGGGACUAGCACGGAUGAGAUAGAGUGAAUAGAGGCAUAAGAGGAUGAUCUACAUAUUAGCCCGGC